UUCCUUUACAGGUAUUUAUGAUCUUCUUUUUUCAAAAGUGUUUUUUUUUCCGUUGCAAUCUUUUAUUAUAAAUUUUGUUUCCGAACUCUUCUAGGACUAAGGGUGCCUAGGGAGGUGUGUUACAUUUUUGGUAUCAGAGCCAAGGUUUUGCUAAUAUAUUGAUCUGCCAUAUGAGUUAGAGUCUAGUGUCAUAGGAUUAGAUUUUGCCUAACUAUUAGUUCUGCACUCUUUGUUUGUAUCAGUACCGGAGAAGAAAGAUGAGUCAAGGAGACAAUACUUCUACUCCUCCUGCUGAUGAUGUGAAUACCCGAAUGGACAUAAUGCAAAAGGCCAUUACGGAUAUGAGUUCCAUCUUUAAGGAUUAUCUUCAACAUCAGAACAACAAUAAUGCCUCACAAAACACUGGUGGCAAUUCACAGCAAAUAGUGGACUCUAGAGAAGGAAAUGAGCAGUUGACAUUGGUGAAGCAAUUUCAAAACAUGAACCCGACUAGCUUCAAGGGAGUUCCUGAUCUCGAUGUGGCUGAGUCUUGGGUUAAGAAAUUAGAAAAGAUGUUCAAGCUCCUGAAAUGUACUGAUGGGAAAAAAGUGGAGCUAGCAGUGUUCACAUUAGAAGGUGAAGCUGAUGAUUGGUGGACAGUUGUUCAAGAUGGGUUUUCUAAGAGAGGAGAGGAGGUUACAUGGGACAAGUUUGUUCAGGCCUUCUAUCGAAAAUAUUUUUCUGCAGUUGUGUUGGAAAGAAAGGAACUAGAGUUCAUGAAUUUGAAACAAGAUGACAUGACAGUUGAUGAGUAUCAAGCUAAAUUCAAUUCUCUUAUGAAGUUUGCUCCUCACCUUGUUAAUGAUGAAGUUAGAAAGGUAAGGAAGUUUCAAAGAGGGUUGAAAGCUUCCAUUAGGAACAGGGAGGUUCCUCAAAUGCUAAAGACUUAUGAUGAGGUCUUGGCCACGGCUCAAAUAAUUGAGCAAGAUAUGGAGCAAAGAAUGGAGACUCAUGACUCAAAAGGCAAGGGAAAGGCUAUCAACACCCAGUCUUUCAACAAAAAGCCUGAACAAAGGGGAAAAAGGAAGAUCCCCGAAAGCAACAGACCAAGUUUUGAUUUUUGUAAGAGGUGUGGUAAGAACCAUGGGGGAAAAGAAUGUUAUUGGCAGAUUGGGGCAUGUUUCAAGUGUGGGAAGAUUGACCACUUGAUCAAGGAUUGCCCGGUUCUCAAGGGAGCAAGUCAGCAGCCAAAGGAUCAAGAUAAUAAGAAGCCCAGGGUUCAAGGAAGAGUUUUUGCCAUCACAGAACAACAAGCUCAAAACACUCCUGCAGUUAUAAAAGGUAAAAUACCUAUCUCUUUUGGGAAUGCCCAUGUGUUGAUUGACUAUGGAUCUACCCACUCAUUUGUGUCACCUAAGUAUGUGCCAUUUUUGCAUGUGGAGCCUGAGACCCUUGAUUGUGUACUUGUGGUGAAUACUCCUUCUAAGGAGGUUUUAGUAUCAAAAACCAUUUAUAGAUCUUGUAGAGUUAUGGUAGAGGGUAGAGUUUUGUUUGCCGAUCUAAUUUUGUUAGGUAUAGUGGAAUUUGAUGUCAUAGUUGGUAUGGAUUGGUUGUCUACCCAUUAUGCCAUGGUUGAUUGUUAUGAGAAGGUGGUUACUUUCUCCGCUCCUAAACAGCCUGUGAUUCGGAGUUGCUUGGGUUACCUCCAAAUAGGGAGAUUUACUAUAGACCUUGUGCCUGGUACUGCACCAAUAUCCCAGCAACCUUAUAGAAUGGCCCCAGCAGAGUUAAUUGAAUUGAAAAAGCAGUUGCAAGAGCUUCUUGAUAAGGGAUUCAUUAGACUCAGUACUUCUCCCUGGGGUGCUCCGGUUCUUUUUGUGAAAAAGAAAGAUGGCUCACUUAGAUUGUGCAUUGACUAUAGACGGUUGAAUCAAGUCACUGUCAAGAAUAAAUAUCCUUUGCCAAGGAUUGAUGAUUUGUUUGAUCAGUUACAAGGAGCUCGUGUCUUUUCCAAAAUUGAUCUUAGAUCGGGUUAUUAUCAACUAAAGGUUAAACCCGAGGAUGUGAUGAAGACUGCUUUUAGGAGCAGAUAUGGGCACUACGAGUUCCUGGUAAUGCCGUUUGGUUUAACCAAUGCCCCUGCAGCUUUUAUGGAUCUUAUGAAUAGGAUCUUUCAGCUGUACUUAGAUAAGUUUGUCAUUGUCUUCAUUGAUGACAUUCUUAUCUUUUCUCCUGAUGAAGAGAGCCAUAAGGAGCAUCUGGCCAUUGUAUUGCAGAUUUUGCGAGAAAAGAAGUUAUAUGCCAAGUUUGAUAAGUGUGAGUUUUGGCUGAAUCAGAUUAGUUUUCUAGGUCAUAUUGUUUCGAAGGACGGCAUAUCAGUUGAUCCUAGUAAAGUGGAAGCAGUUGUGAAGUGGGAAAGGCCGACUAGUGUCACUGAAGUGCGGAGUUUUCUUGGACUAGCGGGAUAUUAUAGAAGGUUUGUGGAGGGAUAUUCAAAGAUUUCUGGUCCAUUAACACAACUUACUCGUAAGAAUCAGAAGUUUGAAUGGACAGAUAAAUGUGAGCAAAGCUUUCAAGAGUUGAAGAACCGAUUGGUCACAGCACCAAUUCUUGCUAUUCCCGACAAUGGAGGAAACUUUGUGACAGCUCAAGACACAUGAGAGGAAUUACCC